AAAUUUCUAUUGCUUAUUAUUUCAAAUGAAUUGCCAUAAAGUUUUACGUUGCAGUGAAUGAUAAUGGAUUCGGAUGACACGGAGUCCAAGAUGCACCUAAUACAGAAUCAGGUUCCGAAAGAAUACGCGCUGCUGCUAAGUUUACUAGAAAGGCGACAUCUAGCCGCCUUUAAGAGCCUGGUGCGUCGCAAUCUAUAUGAGAAUCCAGCCAGCAUCGACCUAAACUAUCGAUUGCCAUAUCCCAUUCUCAUGAACUUCCUUGAUAAGGCAGCGAGCGAUAAUUUACCCGAAUUCGUGGACUUUCUAUUAGAAAUGGGCGCCGAUCCAAACAUCGUCAACUCGGAGCGUAAUCGCGCGCCAAUUCACUUUGCCACCGAAGCUGGCAAUGUAGCGGCCCUCGGCGCUUUACUCCAACACCGAAAUAUAAGCCUGAAUAUCAAGGCCGGUGGACUAACGGCUCUGCAUUUUGCCGUCAAAGCCAAUUCCGAAGAGUGCGCGAGACUCCUUUUGGAAGCAGGAGCAAGUCCUAAUGUCACCAACAGUCAAGGCCUAACCGCGCUGCACUUUGCCGCAGAGAAGAACAAACGCAACAUGGUGCAGCUAAUCGUUGAUAAGAGCCAGAUUCUGGAAUUGGAUACUUACAGAGAUCGCAAGAAAGAAACAACGCGAAUGAUAAUUCAACGGAAAUAUCCAGACAUCGCUCUGCCAGAGACGUUGGAUCGGUUAGAUUAUGAGAGGUUAUUGCGUUACUAUCUCACAGCCAAUGACGAGGUGAAUUUUUUAAAAGCACUUGAAAAAAUGGAAGAUAUUGUUGUAAACAAUAAAAUCGAACUUCUUAAAAUCGCUAUUGAACAUAAUUUGCGUGAUGCUGCGAAAGAACUUCUUCAUAACAAUAUACCAGACACGGAAAAUCUCUACGAAUUGGGAAAAAUUGCAAUAGAGCAAGCCUAUCCGGAUAUUUUACACGAGCUAUUGACUAUAAAUGCUAAAUUAGCAAAUCGACUUCUUUUGCCAGCCAGCCAAGAAUUAGGUAUUUCUACUAGACCUGGCACGGCUAACACGAAUAAUAGAUUAAAGUGUCUGAAAAUGAUUUUAAAUCAGGAUGGAGUUGAUGUACGCCAGGAAGAUGAUAAAGGCAACAGUCCCUUGCACUAUGCGGCUAGGGCCGAGUGUCAAGAGGCCUUAGAGUUAUUACUCCAAAAGGGCAGCUACAUCGGCCAUAUGAAUAAUUUUAACAUCCCUCCGCUCGUUCACAUUACCUCGGAUGCCCUUAAGAACCAUCUGGAUGAUUGCCUAACGAGUUGUAACGAGGGCACCGAGGAAUAUGAAAUUAUUAUGAAUUAUAAGAAUUUAGCACCCCAGAGCUUUCGAGAAGUCGGUGACAACGAAAAUGAGGAAUACACACGCCCAUUCGGCUCUUCCAAUGGAUAUACGAAAUCUCGUAGCGAGACUGAAACUCUCCUCUAUAUCGCUAGUCAAAAAAAUCUUAGACACCUCUUAAAGCAUCCAUUACUUGCAUCUUUUUUAUAUCUCAAGUACCUGAAUAUAAGACACAUAUUAUAUUUAAACUUCUUCCUAUAUGUAAUUUUUUUCAUUAAUCUAAAUCUUUACAUAUGGCUCAUAAGCAGCGCUCCAGUGCAGACCGAAGUAUCAUCAACCAAUAUCAAUGCAACAGUGCUGAAUGGCCACGAGAGCUCCGACAUCCUAAGAAAUUGGAAGAAUCAACUAGUCGUCUCAAUUUUAUUAUUCGUGUCCCUGAUGUAUAUGCUGAUUCGUGAAUUGUUGCAGUUUGCUUCCUCACCGCUGAAUUAUAUCAGUAGCCUGAUGAAUUGGUUCGAAAUCGUCCUUAUCGCCUUGACGUUCGCACUACUAUGUGGCGCGAGUUCUGAGGUUGGUGCCGUCGCCAUACUUUUAUCCACUUGGGAGCUUAUUAUUCUCAUGGCUCAGCAUCCGCGGAUGUCUAUUGACAUUGAAAUGUUUAAGACUGUGACAAUCAACUUCACCAAAUUCCUAUUUUUAUAUAUCUUCCUUAUUCUCGCUUUCGCUUUCUCUUUCUUCGUCCUAUUCAAGGAGAACGAGAGCUUUCCCAAUCCUUUCGCCUCCUUAUUCAAGACAAUCGUAAUGAUAACGGGUGAAUUCGAUGCCAGCAAUUUGCCAUUUGUUAUCUAUCCUAUUCUUAGUCGAUUUAUCUUUAUCGGUUUCAUAUUCCUUAUUGUAAUCAUCUUGCUGAAUCUACUCAAUGGCUUAGCAGUAAAUGAUACAGCUGAGAUACUUGCAGAGUCAGAACUGGUAUGCUUGAUUUCACGUGCUCAGCUGGUUGCCUACGUAGAAAGAGUAGUUGUAGGUUCGUCCUUUCUACCUCGAACGCAAUCCUGUUGCUGCAUAAAUUAUUUGCUUCUACGGCGUGUUGUUAAGUCUCCUCUGCAUUUCUUGGCACGUAAGAUACUUCUAUUUCCAUCUUACUUACCUUAUGCGAGACUCAGCAUUAAGCCACUUAAGAGCUUUGAGAUGACAUUACAUGGACAAGAAAAGAGACGAAAUCGAUGUUCGGCGCUUAAAAUGGAUCCUCUAAUCGCUCAAAGAGCUAAGGACAUUCUUACGGAACGAAACAAACAAUCUAGCGAAGAUAAAAUUUUAGCACAACUUAAUGCACUUAGGAAGACUUUUGAAGGCUUAGAGGCUAAUGUGCGAAAAAUUCAACAUACAUUAACCGGUAAUACCGUAGAUGAUUCGGAGAAAAGUUGAUUGAAGAAAGUUAGAAUUAUUCUCUAUGCGAUUCCGUAUGAGAAUGUAAGAAACAUUACGAUAAUCUUAAAAUAUUUCGGCAAUACAAAGUACA